AUGCCCGGUGCGGCUGUUGCAAUCAAGGUACUCCAUCCCAAGGUGCACCAGACAAUUGGUUAUGACAUCAAAAUUAUGCGCUUCUUUGCCGGUCUCAUCAACCUGAUCCCGGGUAUGACAUGGGUCUCUCUUCCUGAGGAGGUCGAUCGCUUUGCAGCUCUGAUGGUCAGUCAACUUGACCUGCGUCAAGAGGCUUCCAAUCUGCAGCGUUUUGAAAGGAACUUUGCUGGCAGAGGGGGGACAGUGACAUUCCCUCGUCCACUGCAGGCCUUUUGUUCACGGGAUGUGCUGGUCGAGGAAAUGAUUGAGGCUGUACCACUCAAACACUUUAUGAAGCUUGGCGGAAAGGAGUAUGACAGUAGCAUCGCACAUAUGGGUCUUGACGCCUUCUUGCAUAUGCUUUUAAUUGACAACUUCACCCAUGCCGAUCUUCAUCCUGGUAACAUUAUGGUCAAGUUCUAUCGCCCUACAACACGAUCUGUACUGCAGAAUGUAUUUUCGCGCAUCUUUUAUCGGUUUGACCCAGAAUAUGUGCUCGGUCACCGCAGUCGUACAGGGAUUAUUUCGGAUGAGCGGAUUGUGGAUGAUCUCCUUUCUCACACGUCGAAUCCGGAUGAAUGGGGUGAACAUAUUCAGAUGAUCGAAGAUGCGGGUUACCUACCCGAGCUUGUGAUGUUGGAUGCGGGUCUCGUGUCUGAGCUUUCACCCAAGAACCUGCGCAAUUUCCUGGAUCUCUUCGCUGCUAUCGUCACUUUCGACGGCCGAAGGGCAGGAACGCUCAUGGUGGAGCGAUGCCGUACACCAGAGCUUGUGACGAACAAGGAAGAAUUCGUGGGAGUCAUUGGCAACAUUGUCGAUGAAGUAAAGUCAGAGACAUUUAGUCUCUCUCGAUUGAACAUUGGCAAUGUACUUUCACAAGUCUUGUCAGCUGUCCAGCGAUACCACGUCAAGAUGGAAGCGGACUUUGUGGACACUGUCUUGAGCAUUCUCAUCUUGGAAGGUAUUGGUCGUCGUUUAGACCCUGAAUUGGAUCUAUUCAAGAGCGCUGCCCCUAUUUUGCGGUCUUUGGGCCAGAAGAUGUCAACGGACGGGGCUACUCUAUCCGGAGGGUGGCACGAUAUCAAUUUCACUACCCUACUCCCUAUGCUUAAGCUGUGGAUAUAUACUGAACUCCGUGGUAUCUUUGUACCAUCUGCCAAUGCCCCUCAGGUCGUCGACGCCUUUGUGCGGUAUGGGUGGUUCUCCGACUAA